CAAAAUCGUCCACGUUCAUCGCUCUCGACACGCAAACGCCAAUCCAUUUCUCUCUGUUUCUUUUUUCCCUUACAAACAUAAAACCUUCGAUAAAGUCUAGAUUCACCAAACACGCGCAUUCACAACACUCCACCAUUUUCGCCCCACAAAAACUGCUACUUAACGUGCCCGUUUCAUCUCCCAAAUCCCCACAUUCGGAGCUCCCAUUUUCAGUUUUUUGGGUGAUUGAGUUUAUUAUAGAGAGAGAGCGAAAGGGAGAUGGGGAGAGAGAGGGAGGGAAAUGUGAAAGAGGAUGCAUUGCAAGAUUUGAUAAUGAAGGCGGGGGGCUGCGCCGUCGUGGAUGGCGGCUUCGCCACCCAGUUGGAGAGGCACGGUGCCGCCAUCAAUGACCCUCUUUGGAGCGCCCUCUGCCUCAUCAAGAACCCCGAUUUAAUUAAACGGGUGCAUCUCGAGUAUCUGGAAGCCGGCGCUGAUGUUAUUGUAACUUCAUCUUAUCAGGCCACUUUACCAGGAUUUCAGUCGAGGGGAUUGUCAAUGGAAGAAGCAGAAUCACUUCUUACAACAAGUGUAAGAAUUGCAGUGGAGGCACGUGAAAAGUUUUGGACCUCGGCUAAGAGGAGAAGUGGGCAUAACUACAACAGAGCUCUAGUUGCAGCUUCAAUAGGAAGCUAUGGUGCUUAUCUCGCAGAUGGCUCUGAAUACAGCGGGAAAUAUGGACCCGAAGUUAAUUUGGAGAAACUGAAGGACUUCCAUAGACGCCGUCUGCAAGUUCUUGUUGAAGCAGGUCCUGAUUUGCUUGCUUUUGAGACAAUUCCUAACAAGCUAGAGGCUCAGGCAUGUGUUGAGUUGCUUGAUGAAGAGAAUGUUUCGAUCCCAUCUUGGAUCUGUUUCAGCUCAGUUGAUGGCGAGAAUGCACCCUCAGGGGAGAGCUUUGAGGAUUGCCUCAACGUGAUCAACAAGAGCAGCCAAGUUAGUGCUGUUGGUAUAAAUUGUGCUCCUCCUCAUUUUGUUCUGAGCCUUAUCCAGAGAUUCAAACUGUGUACUGAUAAGGCUAUAGUUGUCUACCCCAACAGUGGUGAGAUAUGGGAUGGCAUUGCCAAAAGAUGGCUGCCAUCGAAAUGUUUUGACGAUGACAAGUUUGAGCUGUUCACGACGCGAUGGCGGGACGCCGGAGCGUCGUUGAUCGGUGGGUGCUGCCGGACUUCGCCGGGUACAAUUCGAGCAAUUUCUAAAGUAUUGAAGAAGGAGAGGAGCUUAUGAGGCUAUUAAUUGUAACGUUACUGUGCUUCAUGUUUGUUUAUUUAUUUAUUCAGUAAGCUUACUUGUGCAUCCGAAAAUUCUUUGCUAGCUUGACCAAUUUCACUCUACUAACAGACAAAAACAGAGGACAAUAGUGAAAAUGGAGAUUUAUUGAUUUGACGGAUUCAAUGAAACUUGUUCAAAAGUUGUUGAA